AUGGAUACUAAUUUGCAAAAAAUCAAAUCAGAAGUAUUUCUAGAUCUUAAAAAUAGAGAGACAAAAGUACCCAUUAAAGGAAAACGUAACAUUCUAGUUACUAGUGCUUUACCUUAUGUAAAUAAUGUCCCACAUUUAGGUAAUAUCAUUGGAAGUGUUUUAAGUGCAGAUAUAUUUGCUAGGUAUUCGCGUGCUCGCAAUUAUAAUAUACUUUAUAUCUGUGGUACAGAUGAAUAUGGUACUGCUACAGAAACGAAAGCUUUAGAAGAGGGAAUUUCUUGUCAGGAACUUUGUGACAAGUAUAAUGUAAUACAUAAUGAUGUUUACAAAUGGUUUGAAAUUGACUUUGAUUAUUUUGGACGAACUACUACACAUCAUCAAACAGAAAUUUCUCAGGAUAUAUUUUUAAAACUUCAUAAAAAUGAUUAUCUUACUAAAGAUACCGUGAUACAAUUAUUUUGCGAAGGAUGUAAACGAUUCCUUGCAGACCGUUUUGUUGAAGGGACUUGUCCAAAUCCAAAAUGCAAAUAUGAGGAUGCACGUGGUGACCAAUGUGAUUCCUGUGGUCAACUUUUGAAUGCUAUUGAUCUUGUUAAUCCAAGGUGUAAAACUGAUGGAAGUAGACCAAUCACCAAAGAAUCAACUCAUAUGUUUUUGGAUUUGGCUGCUUUACAAAAAGACAUCGAAUCUUGGGUGGAAAAGACUUCUAUUGAAGGAAACUGGACUUUAAAUGGUAAAACUAUUACAAAAUCUUGGCUAAAAGAAGGUUUGAGGCAACGUUGUAUCACAAGAGAUCUUAAAUGGGGUACGCCAGUACCUCUUGAAGAAAUGAAAGAUAAAGUAUUCUAUGUAUGGUUUGAUGCUCCUAUUGGAUAUCUUUCUAUUACUGCAAACUAUACUGAAGAGUGGGAAAAAUGGUGGAAAAAUCCCGAAGAGGUUAAAUUAUAUCAAUUCAUGGGUAAAGACAAUGUUCCAUUUCACACAGUUAUUUUUCCUGGCUCUUUACUUGGAACAAAAGAUAAAUGGACAUUAUUACAUCAUAUAAAUACUACUGAUACCGGAAUUCCUGUUUCAGUAUGGCGAUAUUAUUUAAUUAUGAUUCGCCCAGAAACAAGUGAUUCCAUGUUCACUUGGAAAGAAUUCAUUUCCAAAAAUAAUACUGAACUGCUUGCAAAUUUGGGUAAUUUUGUCAACCGUGUUAUUAAAUUUAGUAACUCGAAAUAUACUGGCGUGAUUCCAUCUUAUACUGUGGAUUCAGAGGCUGAACAAGAAUUUAUUAAAAAUAUUAAUUUAUCACUAACGAGUUAUGUUGAGUCACUUGAAGCUGUUAAGUUACGAGCUGGUUUGGAGAUUGCAAUGGAUAUCUCUCGUCAAGGAAAUGGAUUUCUACAAGAUUCUAAAUUUGAUAAUACACUUUUCAAAGAACAUCCAAAUAAAUGUGCAUCAGUGAUUGGUUUAGCUGUAAAUUUAAUCUACCUUUUAUCUGCUUUAUUUUACCCAUAUAUGCCAUCAACCAGUGAAUCAAUUCUGCGUCAAUUAAAUGCUCCUACAAGAAUUAUACCUGACACAUGGACUGGAACUGAUAUUCAACCAGGUCAUAAAUUAGGAAAGGCUGAAUAUCUUUUCAAAAAAAUUGAUGAGAUAAAAGAGCAAGAAUUUCAUUUAAAAUAUGGUGGUGGUUCUAAUAACAAGAGUUAA